AUGAGGCCAUCCUUGUCAGGUGUCGCGGCAUCCAAGCCGUUCACCUGCCUCCCAUGUCUCCUCCGAACCUCAACCAGAAACAGCUUCCAGCGCCCCGUCCUCACCUACACAGAAAGAACCACCCCCAGGUUAUCAACAGCGCAAUUCUCCCACUGCGCCCGACAGCUCCACGCCCAAGAAGCCCCCGACCAAACCGCCGCUUUCAACACAGCCGCCUCCCUCCGCCCAACCACAGCCCCUAAACCCCUCCUCGAUAUUAAGCACAUCCGCCUCAACCCCGACCUCUACUCCCAAAACUGCAUCGAUAGAAAUUAUAAAUCUCUCGCCGAAUACCCCCACAAGAUCAAUGCCUUGUUUGCGGAAUGGCAAGCUCAGCAAAAAGCCGGCCGCGCCCUCAGGGAAAGGGGAAAUAUUCUCCGCCGUCGGUUGGCUGGUCCGGGCGGCACCUCCCGUGACGAUCCCCGCGAGAUUAUUGACGAGUUUGGUGACAUGAGUCGGGAGGAGAUUUUGGAGGAGGCGCGGAAAGUAAAGGCUGGCUUGGCGGGGAUUGAGGAGACGGAGGGGAAGCUGCAGGCUGAGAUGGAAAGAUUGGCGCUGGCGAUCCCGAAUUUGACGAGUGAUGAGACGCCCCGCGGGACGGAGCCGGAGGUCAUGAGUUAUAUCAACAAUCACCCCGAGCCUGAGCCGGCGUUGUCGGAUAGAGUGUGGAGGAGUCAUGUGCAUGUUGGUGCGGAAUUGGGACUUUUGGACUUUGCCGGGGCGGCGUCUUCUUCUGGGUGGGGGUGGUAUUACCUUUUGGAUGAGGCGGCGGAUUUGGAACAGGCCUUGAUCAGCUAUGCUUUGGCUACGGCUACACGGGCAGGGUGGAGGCAGGUCUCCCCUCCGAGCGUGGUGUAUGGACAUAUUGCUGCUGCUUGUGGGUUUCAGCCGAGGGACGCGAAUGGGGAGACGCAGAUUUACGCUAUUGCUCAGUCGAGGGAGGAUGCGGCGAGGGGGAAGCCGGAGUUGGUGCUGGCUGGGACGGCGGAGAUUCCAUUGGCCGGGAUGAAGGCUGAUACUGUGCUGGACGAGGCUGAUUUGCCAUUGAAGAGGGUAGCGGUUUCACGAUGCUACAGGGCGGAAGCGGGGGCUAGAGGGAGUGAGACGAAGGGGCUUUACAGGGUGCACGAGUUCACAAAGGUGGAGAUGUUUUCUUGGACGCUGCCAGAUCAGGUCGAGACGGAAGAGAUCUUUGACGAGAUGAUUGAUCUCCAGACGGAAAUCUUGGGCGGGCUAGGGCUACACUGCCGGGUCUUGGAGAUGCCCACUGCUGAUUUGGGGGCGUCGGCUACGAGAAAGUGUGAUAUUGAGGCGUUCUUCCCGUCCAGAAGGGAGCGGAAUGAUGGCUGGGGAGAGGUUACGAGCGCCAGUAUUUGCACCGACUACCAGACUAGGAGGUUGGCGACUAGACUCAAGACCAAGGAGGGGAAGCUGGUGUAUCCUUGGACUGUCAACGGGACUGCUCUUGCUGUUCCGAGAGUUUUGGCGGCGAUUUUGGAGAACGGGUGGAAUGAGUCGGAGAAGAGUGUUUUGAUCCCUGAAGUGUUGCGACCUUGGAUGGAUGGGAGAGAGAAGAUUGGGCCGAGGCACCGGAUGAACUAG